GCACAUCACUAUUCCCAAAGAAAAACGCCGCAAGUUUGCGUUGUUGUGGAAUUUUUUGUGUGACAAUUUCAUAAGGUUUUAAUUGUUGUAAGAAGUGUAUAAUAAUUUUAAUUGGUUUUACGCACACCCAGUGCAUUAAAGCUAUUUGGGCAACAUGAUGUACGACAAUGAGGAAGAGAUGUACGAGGAGGAGAAUGCGGAGGAGAUUUCGCACGAGUUGUGGCAGGAGGCCUGCUGGAUUGUGAUCAACGCGUACUUCGAUGAAAAGGGUCUGGUCCGUCAGCAGCUGGACAGUUUCGACGAGUUCAUUCAGAUGUCCGUGCAGCGCAUUGUGGAGGAUUCGCCAGCUAUUGAGUUACAAGCGGAGGCACAGCACACGUCAGGCGAGGUGGAGACGCCACCGCGUUUCUCCCUUAAGUUCGAGCAGAUUUAUCUGUCGAAGCCCACACAUUGGGAGAAGGAUGGUUCACCGAGUCCCAUGAUGCCGAACGAGGCUCGCUUGAGGAAUCUUACCUAUUCGGCGCCACUUUAUGUGGAUAUCACAAAGACAAAGAACGUGGAAGGCUUGGAUCCCGUUGAGACACAGCAUCAGAAAACAUUUAUUGGCAAAAUUCCCAUCAUGUUGAGAUCAACUUAUUGCCUGCUUUCCCAGUUAACCGAUCGUGAUUUGACCGAGUUAAACGAGUGCCCACUGGAUCCCGGUGGUUAUUUCAUUAUUAACGGAUCGGAGAAGGUGUUGAUUGCGCAGGAGAAGAUGGCCACAAACACGGUGUAUGUGUUCAGCAUGAAGGACGGCAAGUACGCAUUCAAAACGGAGAUUCGCUCCUGUCUGGAACACAGCUCGCGUCCCACGUCGACGCUCUGGGUGAACAUGAUGGCGCGUGGCUCACAGAACAUUAAAAAGUCUGCGAUUGGACAGCGCAUCAUUGCUAUUCUGCCAUAUAUUAAACAGGAGAUACCCAUUAUGAUUGUAUUUCGUGCUUUGGGUUUCGUGGCCGAUCGCGAUAUCUUGGAGCACAUUAUCUACGAUUUUGACGAUCCAGAGAUGAUGGAGAUGGUAAAGCCCUCACUGGAUGAGGCCUUCGUAGUGCAGGAGCAGAAUGUUGCCCUCAAUUUCAUUGGCGCUCGCGGUGCACGACCCGGCGUCACCAAGGACAAGCGUAUCAAGUACGCCAAGGAAAUUCUGCAGAAGGAGAUGCUGCCACAUGUGGGCGUCUCCGAUUUCUGUGAAACAAAGAAAGCCUAUUUUCUGGGCUACAUGGUGCAUCGACUGUUGCUGGCCUCGUUGGGUCGACGUGAGCUCGACGAUCGUGAUCACUAUGGCAACAAACGCUUGGAUUUGGCCGGUCCGCUGUUGGCCUUCCUCUUCCGUGGCCUCUUCAAGAACUUGAUGAAGGAAGUGCGAAUGUACACACAAAAGUUCAUUGAUCGCGGCAAGGACUUCAAUUUGGAGCUGGCCAUCAAGACCAACAUUAUUACGGACGGUCUGCGCUACUCCUUGGCCACUGGCAACUGGGGUGACCAGAAGAAGGCGCAUCAGGCCCGUGCCGGAGUCUCGCAGGUGUUGAAUCGUCUCACAUUUGCCUCGACCUUGUCCCAUUUGCGUCGCGUCAACUCGCCCAUUGGACGCGAUGGAAAGUUGGCCAAGCCGCGUCAGCUGCAUAACACACUGUGGGGAAUGCUGUGUCCAGCAGAGACACCCGAGGGAGCUGCUGUCGGUUUGGUGAAGAACUUGGCACUCAUGGCUUACAUCUCGGUGGGUUCACAGCCGUCGCCGAUCUUGGAGUUCUUGGAGGAGUGGUCCAUGGAGAAUCUGGAGGAAAUUGCGCCCUCAGCGAUUGCCGAUGCAACCAAAAUCUUUGUGAAUGGUUGCUGGGUAGGCAUACAUCGAGAUCCGGAGCAGUUGAUGGCCACGUUGCGUAAACUGCGUCGCCAGAUGGAUAUCAUCGUGUCGGAGGUAUCGAUGAUUCGCGACAUUCGUGAUCGUGAGAUCAGGAUCUAUACGGAUGCAGGACGCAUAUGUAGACCGCUUCUCAUUGUGGAAAAUGGCACGUUGCUCUUAAAGAAAACGCAUGUGGAAAUGUUAAAGGAACGCGACUACAACAACUACAGCUGGCAGGUGCUGGUGGCCUCCGGUGUCGUUGAAUAUAUUGACACGCUGGAGGAGGAGACGGUGAUGAUUGCCAUGUCGCCCUAUGAUCUCAAGCAGGACAAGGAUUAUGCCUACUGUACCACAUACACACACUGUGAGAUUCAUCCGGCCAUGAUAUUGGGCGUCUGUGCCUCCAUUAUACCUUUCCCCGAUCACAACCAGAGUCCACGUAACACCUAUCAAAGUGCUAUGGGUAAACAAGCUAUGGGCGUCUACAUCACCAACUUCCAUGUGCGAAUGGACACACUGGCCCAUGUGUUAUACUAUCCAAUGAAGCCGCUGGUCACCACACGUUCCAUGGAAUAUCUGCGUUUCCGUGAGCUGCCCGCGGGUAUUAACUCGAUUGUGGCAAUUUUAUGUUAUACUGGCUACAAUCAGGAGGAUUCUGUCAUUCUAAACGCCUCGGCUGUCGAGCGUGGCUUCUUCCGAUCAGUGUUUUAUCGUUCGUACAAGGAUUCGGAGAACAAGCGCGUCGGCGAUCAGGAGGAGAACUUUGAGAAACCACAUCGUGGCACCUGCCAAGGCAUGCGCAAUGCUCACUACGACAAACUGGAUGACGAUGGCAUCAUUGCACCGGGUAUACGUGUCUCUGGCGAUGAUGUUGUCAUUGGCAAGACAAUUACAUUGCCUGAGAACGAGGAUGAGUUGGACAGCAAUACGAAGCGGUUUGCCAAGCGAGAUGCCUCCACAUUCUUGCGUAACUCUGAAACGGGAAUUGUGGAUCAAGUAAUGUUGACACUGAACAGCGAGGGCUACAAGUUUUGCAAGAUUCGUGUGCGUUCCGUUCGCAUACCACAGAUCGGCGACAAGUUUGCCUCGCGUCAUGGACAGAAGGGCACAUGCGGCAUUCAGUAUCGACAAGAGGACAUGGCAUUCACAUGCGAGGGCCUAGCUCCUGAUAUUAUCAUUAAUCCACAUGCUAUUCCAUCUCGUAUGACAAUUGGUCACUUGAUCGAGUGCCUGCAGGGCAAGCUGGGAUCCAAUAAGGGCGAAAUUGGCGAUGCUACGCCCUUUAACGAUGCUGUUAAUGUACAGAAGAUUUCUACGUUCCUGCAGGAGUACGGAUAUCAUCUGCGUGGCAAUGAAGUUAUGUACAACGGACACACGGGACGCAAGAUCAAUGCUCAGGUGUUUCUUGGCCCUACCUACUAUCAACGUCUUAAGCACAUGGUGGAUGACAAAAUCCAUUCGCGAGCUCGUGGUCCCGUACAGAUUCUGGUGCGUCAACCUAUGGAGGGCAGAGCCCGCGAUGGUGGCCUGCGUUUCGGUGAAAUGGAGCGCGAUUGCCAAAUCUCUCACGGCGCCGCACAAUUCCUGCGUGAGCGAUUGUUCGAAGUGUCCGAUCCGUAUCGCGUGCACAUUUGCAACUUCUGUGGCCUGAUUGCCAUUGCCAAUCUGCGCAACAACACGUUCGAGUGCAAGGGUUGCAAGAACAAGACGCAAAUAUCGCAGGUGCGUCUGCCGUAUGCGGCCAAACUGCUCUUCCAGGAGCUCAUGUCCAUGAACAUCGCACCGCGUCUCAUGGUCAAUUAAAUCUAAUUAAUCUUUUUAUUAUAAGCAUCUUUUUAGAGCCGACUUCUGCUCUGAUUUGUCAAGUAAUUAAUUAAAUAUACACAAAUUGUGACAACCUCAA